GUGUGGUCUCUCUCUCUGUCGUUCCUCACUGACCUGCAGCAGAGCGUCAUGGAGCUUCUCUCCUCUCUGAGGAGCGUAGCGACGGAGACUCUGGACCAGGAGUACAACAUGGUGCGUUCACUGACCUCUGUGGAGAAGAAGGACCUUGGUCUGACCUCUGAUGUUGGAGAGUUAAAGGAGAACAUCAAGAAGAACCGCUACAAAGACAUCCUGCCUUACGAUCAGUCCCGGGUGGUCUUGUCUCUGAUGACAUCAGACUCAGACUCUGAUUACAUCAACGCCAGCUUCAUCCCGGGGGUGACGUCACACCGCCGUUACAUCGCCUCGCAGGGACCCCUCGGCUCCACGCGCACGGACUUCUGGAGGAUGAUCUGGGAAAAUGACGUCAAGGUGAUAGUCAUGGCCUGCAGAGAAAUAGAGAUGGGGAAGAAGAAGUGUGAGUGUUACUGGUCACCAGUUCAACAGGAAGCUUCUUAUGGGGCCUUCAGGGUGUGCAACCAGGAGGAGACGCGUCCUGAUGAAAACAUUGUGAUCAGAGUUCUGACUGUCUCCUACCAGCAGAUCACCCGCUCACUGACCCAGUAUCAGUUCCUCUCUUGGCCCGAUCAUGAAGUUCCACAUGAGGUUUCUGGAGUUUUGGAUCUUCUGGAGAAAGUCAGAGUGACUCAAAGUACACACACCUCACCUGUACUGAUCCACUGCAGUGCGGGCUGUGGGAGGACCGGAGUCCUCUGUGUUCUUGACUACAUCCACGACCUGCUGGUUACCAAGCAGAUGGACACAGACUUCAGCAUCAAGCAGCUGGUGCAGGACAUCAGGAGACAGAGACCCUCCGCUGUCCAGACCAAAGAGCAGUACCGCUUCAUCUUCACCGCCGCCGCCUGCAUGUUGGAACGAGCGCUCCUGUGCAGCCCGUCUGAGGUGAAAACUGAGCAGAAACCCACAAAAACGUCUUCCUCCAAAAGGGACUCACCGCCGACUGCCAUGAACGACACGUACGCUGUGGUCAACAAGCCCAAAAAGCCCCUCCCACCUCCAGCUGACCCUGCCUACUCCACCGUGGCCCCGCCCAAAUUCAGCAGGACGCUGCCGUUGUCCCAUCACUAUGACAACGACCCCGCCGGAGCGUCGGUGGCUCCUGUGUACAGCGUUGUCAGACCUCGAGUUAAACCCCCCUUAGCCGCGCCUCUCUGUGACGACGAGUGUCACCUGAGUCCAGGUAGGAGGCGGAGAGAAGGAUGGAUGUUGGGCCGAGGUGAGAGACGAAUAAUACUGUUCUCUUUCUUCUCAACUAAAGGUUCAUCACGAACCGACAACGACUAUGAGGACCUCUCCCCUACGGCCGCCGACGUCAUCGGAUUACCUGGUGGCAUGGGGUUUAAUUGUCGUAUUCAGAAGCCAAAAGGACCCAGAGACCCUCCAGCUGAGUGGAGCCGACUGGAGAGAUGAACUGGUUAUUACUAUUAGAUGAACUGGUCAUUAUUAUCAGAUGAACCUGUCUGACAGGUAAUAUACGGGAUGUAUUAAAUAUUAUUAUCAUUAGUUUGACAGUUUAUCAGACGUAGUAAGUAAAGACUAUUUCUGUUUUAUAUAUUCAGCGCCUAAAGAACGAAGCCAAUAGAAAGUGAUGACAAAGAUAUUUACAUGAGAAAAUAGUCCAGACUGUGACGAGUUAAUGACAGGAAAACAACCCAACAGUGAUGACAUCACUCUGACAUCAUCAGCUGUGAGUCAGGAACUUUGAUUAUACACACAGGAAGAAGGUGGUUUCAAUUAAGCCUUUGGCAUGAAGAUCAUGAAGGUGUGUGUGUGUGUGUGUGUGUGUGUGUGUGUGAGAUCAUCAGUAUACAACAGAUAUUAGGACUGAUUAACACACAACCUGCUGUGUUUUCAUUGCGUGUUAAACUCCUUUGCAACCCCGGGACCCUCCUGUACUCCCAUGAUGUCACACACGUACACACUCACCUACACACAGGCUCACACAGACACACAAACAUACAGAGAGACACACACAGUGGUUUAGAACCCUGAACCACUAAGUGCGACUCUCCCUGUCACACAGGUUUGUGUCGGUUAAACAGCACAGACGUGGUGACGAAACACGGAGAGAGUGUGUGUGUGUGUAUGUGUGUGAGUGUGUGUGUCUCAGUCUGUGUGUGAGUGUUUUUUUGUCUAUUUGUUACUUACUUCAAACAUAAUCUCCAUUUAUAGCAACGUGUUUUCUUGCUGCCUCUGACAUGGAUGUUUUCUUCUUUCUCUAACAACUGAGGCGCAGUAAAGAAUUGAAGUAGUUUUUAGUUUUAACAAAGUCAUCCCUCAUUUUAUUAACCUUUGUGUGUGUUCACUGUGAGAGCCUCUGUGUUGCAUUUCUUGUUUGUACUUGACAAGCAGUAAUAUUCACACUUCUGUCAUUGUUUGCAUGCAUUGUAAUGCAUCAAUAUUGUUUAGCAUUUUAAACUUGGAUAUAUCUUCUGUUUUUAAUUGUAUUUCGUAACAUCUGCCACUUGGGGCUAGAGAUGAAAAAUGUGGCACAUUUACAUUAAUGUUUUUAUUAAUGUGCCUUUUCCCUUAUCAAAUAAAUAAAUACUGUCAUAUCUAUUUUA